GUGUAAAGUCGAGUUGCAGCAAAGGCGCGCCUCCCGCGGACUUUAAAACUUUAAACAUCGAAGGGGAAAAAUUUAUUUAUAAGACAAACGGGAAGCACUUUGAGGGUCAAGUCCUUUCUCUUAUCCGCUGUUUCCUCAUCUCGCUUAACCAAGUAAACCAAAGAUGUCCAAGUUUUACGAGCUUUCCCCAUUAGACGCCGAGGGCAAUCCGUUCCCAUUCUCGCAAUUGGAAGGUAAAGUUGUGCUUAUUGUCAACGUUGCGUCGAAAUGUGGAUUUACUCCCCAGUACACCGAGUUGGAGGAGUUGAACAAGAAGUACCACGACCAAGGUCUUGUUAUCCUAGGCUUCCCUUCGAACAACUUUGGCCGUCAAGAGCCAGGGACAGACGAGGAGAUCCAAUCCUUCUGUAAGUCCAACUACGGUGUCACCUUCCCAGUCCUGAAGAAGGUUGACGUUAACGGUUCCACUGCCGACCCUGUGUACAACUACAUCAAGGCCGAGAAGCCGGGUUUGCUUGGCUUCAAAGCCAUCAAGUGGAACUUUGAGAAGUUCCUCGUUGACAAGGAGGGUAACGUUGUUGAGCGUUUCUCAUCCUUGACCAAGCCAAAGUCAAUUGAGCCUAGAAUUGAGGAGUUGUUGAAGGCUUGAGUCCGAGGAGGGGGAUGUCUUGAAUCUAAUAAGUAGGACGUGAUGUGGGAAACUUGAGCGUUACACGGCGUCCAACUGAGACCUAAUUAUA